AUGACGCUGACGAGUGGAUCGAGUAUGUGUCCAUUAAUAAAUAAAAACGGAGUCAUAUUAUUCUAUGUGUGUGAUGACACUGUAAGAUUUAUUCACCAAGCGCGCACCAUUUUUCUGUACAGCUGUAUAAACCUACUGCUUCGUUGUUACGCUGUAAUUGGGUCAAACUUUGAGCAAGCCUAUAUGGUCAUUUUAAAUAAUAAAAUUUUUAGCAUGGUAGAAAAGUUAAAAAAAAAAAUGACAGAAAAUAAACAUGUUUACAGAAGAGGCGAUGUCGUAUUGUUAACUUCUCCUGUGAAUGACAAAAAAAGAGUGUGUAAAAGGAUUAUUGCCAUAGGGAAUGAUAAAUUAUUCGUUGAUAAUAUAAACGCCUUUGUCCACGUUCCUAAGGAUAACAUAUGGAUAGAAGGGGACAACAAAAUGGAUUCUUUUGACAGUCGAAAUUACGGAUUUGUUCAUAUGGAUUUAAUAAUUGGCAGAGUCAUUUUCUUGCUCGAUCCGUUUAUCAACUUUCGUUUUAUUAAUAACAAAACGAAUAGAAAUAAAGCAAACCGAAUUUGCUGUUUGCUGGGCAAAGGAAAACUAACCCUCUUUGGAGGAAACCUUGCAGAAAUGAUUAAUUUUUAUGGGGAAAGGUUUAUCCCAAUUGGGAAUGGCACCUUUUAA